AUGAGCAGAUACUUUGUAAAUUCCGGAGUUAUCCGAAAACAGAAGUAUGGAAAACUGCUUUCCAAAUGCACAUCUUAUUGGGUUGGAAGUUUUUGUUGUAAACUCGAAGUCAAAGGUAUCGCCUAUAAAAAUCAUAAAAAAAUUUACCCUCAGAGAAUGUCCGAGAUAAAGCUAUUUGAGAAGUAUAGCUAUGAGGAUGUCAAAGUGGACAACAUAUCAUUAAAGCCUUAUAUAAAUCUAUCUCGGCAUGGAAUAGUUCCGCAUGCGGCCACAACUAUCACCAAGGGGACGACAGGGAAGGCCAGAAUCCCGAUUGCAGAAAGAUUUGUAUGUUCUCUUAUGAGACAUGGAAGAAACAAUGGGAAAAAGAGGCUUGCAAUCAAUAUAUUUGAAGAUGCUUGUUUCAUAAUCCAUUCCAUGACAAAGAAGAAUCCUCUUCAGGUUCUAGUGGAUGCCAUAAUCAACUCUGGGCCUCGAGAAGACACGGCAAGAAUCGGGAGAGCAGGGUCCAUGAGGAGAACAUCUGUAGAUGUUUCUCCCUUGAAGAGAAUAAGUAUAGCAAUAGCUAAUCUUUCCACUGGAAUUAGAAGUGCAUCGUUUAGAAACAGAAUAACCUUAGCAGAGGCGAUUGCCAAUGAAUUAAUGGCUGCCUCCACAGGUUCGCAGAACUCAUAUGCAGUUAACAAAAAGAAGGAGAUUGAGAGAAUAGCCCAGUCUAAUCGUUAA